AUGCUCCUCCACGUGUCGCUGCUCAGCGGCAGCACCGCCCGCGUCGAGACUGCGCCCAGCGCCGUCUUGGCCGACGUCAGAGACCGCGCCGAGGAGGUUCUCGAUGUGGGCAUCCAAUGUCUCAUUUCUCCUGAAGGCCAUCCUCUGGACGAGAGCCGGGCCUUGUCGGAGUUGGGUCUGGCGGAUGGCGCCUCGCUGGGAGCUGUGGUGCGCCAGGCCUCCCUCGCCUCGAGCCAGUAUGCUUUUGCCUUCGCGCUGGUGCGGGGCAACGGCGACGUGGUGACCUGGGGCGAUCCCUCCAAAGGCGCCGAUGCGGCCGCGGCCGCAGAAAUCCGCGGUGCAGUCUCCGUGACCGCCACGUCGCGCGCGUUCGCCGCGCUGCUGCGUGAUGGCCGCGUGGUGACAUGGGGUCUGAGGGAGUUCGGCAGCGACAGCAGCGAGGUCCAGGAGGAACUCCGCGACGUCCGCGGGCUCUGCGCCUCCUAUGGCGCCUUUGCGGCGCUCCGCAGGGAUGGCCAGGAGCAGCUGUGGCUUGAGAAACACUUGAAUGUGGGUGUGGCUCUGAUGAAUACCACGCACGUCAAGUACGCAAAUCUUCUGACGCACUUUGUGUCUUGCAAGCUUGGCAGAUCUGGUGGCUGUUGGUUCGCCUCAAGAAAGAUCUUCGGCAAGAACAAUGGCACAACCGUCCGGUUGCUGCAUCUCAUCGAAGGGAAGCUGCAGAGAUUUCCCGCGGUAGUUUUUUCGUCCGAGGCUUUCGCAGGGUUCGAUGCAAGGAUGUGGCAAUACUUCGUAGAGAUGUUUCACAAAAGCAAGCCGUGCUUCUCGGCUGCAGUUUUUCAUCGAGCGUCCGUUGACUGGCUGGCAUCAUCCUGGAUGCAGAGUUCAAGAACAACCAACGCACCAAAAUCCUGGAUGCAGCAUCUCAGCCAGAGGAUGGGAAACAGGGAGCCCGAUCAGGAGGGAGACGUCGACUUCCAGCUUCAACUGCUGAAUAUAUUGAGAAGUAUGUUCCCUCAAGCCGUGCAUGCGGCUUCUUACGAUUACUUGAAGGAGGUGAACUGCAGCACUGCUUCUUUUCUCAUCUGCAAUGCCACCCUCCGCAAGACAGGUCGAUCUUGGGAAACCUGCAGGGGCGAGGUCAACAGAAGGGGGGUUGAGAUACACAAGUCACCACCCCUGGCAGCAGUGGAUGUGGUAAGGCUUUCACGUUUAGUGAAGAACGCCAUGAUGAAUUCAACAGCCGCCGGGCAUUGCAAGAACCUGCAAAUCCCUAUUGUGGAGUCGCCCGAGGUCAUCAAAGCUGCGAAUUCGAUGCCUCUACGCUGCGACAAUCUUGAUGGUCUCUUCAAGGCGGAGACGGACAGAUGGUUUGCUCGUUCUGGAGCACAGCCGCCACGAUCUAGGUCGAAGCCAUUCUGUCACGUCGCAACUGAUUUGCUUGAGCCGGAGCAUUGGCGAACGAUCCGGAGUCUUCUGCCAGGUUGCUGA